CUGUCCGGAGAUGAGCGGCGCACACCGGUGCCGGUUGCAGGCGUGCAGACAGCAGCACGAAGGACGCGGACUGAACCGUUUAUCACCGUUUAUGAAACUCUGUCUUUGUCAUGUUUAAAAAAGCGGAUUAAUCCUCAAACUGACUGAUUUUAACCGUGAAGAUGUUGACAGACAUGAUUGUGGAGCAAGAAUUUGACAUCAAGGAGGAGGAACCGUGGUACGACAAGCAAGACCUUGAACAUGACCUGCAGCUGGCAGCCGAGCUCGGGAAGACUCUCCUGGAGCGAAACAGGGAGCUGGAGCAAGGGCUGCAGCAGAUGUACUCCACCAACCAGGAGCAACUGCAGGAGAUCGAGUACCUGACGAAGCAGGUGGACCUCCUCAGGCAGGUCAAUGACCAGCACGCUAAAGUGUACGAGCAGCUGGACGUGUCGGCCCGAGAGCUGGAGCACAGCAACCACAAACUGGUUCUGGACAACAGGACGGCCCAGCAGAAGAUCCAGGGGCUGAUGGAGACGGUGGAGCUGCUGCAGACGCAGAUGGAGGAGCUGCAACAUCAGGUCGAAGAUCUGAAGCUGAGUCCCUCUCAGCCUCUGAAGCGUCCGCACCGAGAGAAGUGGCCUCCGCGCAGCACUCAGAGUGUGUCCUGCCUGAAAGAGCUGCAAAACACGCUCAGGUACGACUACGACGAAGCCUCCGACGGCCUCGAGUCCUCCGACAUGUCGUGGCACGAGGAGGAGCAGGCGUCACUGCGACAAUCCCUCCACAGCCUCCAGACUCAGUUCGCCAGCGAGCGCGCUCGGAGGGAGCAGUCUGAGCGAGAGGCCGAGCUGCUCGCCGGUGAGAACGCAGUGCUGGAGCAUCAGCUGGCAGGGAUGGAGGGCUGUAAGGCCAGACUGGCUGAGCUGGAGGGUGAGGCCGAUGAGCUUCGUCAGCUCUGGAAGUCAGAUUCCUCCACGAGAUCCACCAGGAUGGACGUCCUCCACAGCCUGCUGCCCAACUCCAUGUUCCUCAAUCCGGAGGAGGAGAACGAGGGGGAUGCAGCUAAAAGCCCCUGGCUCCUGAAGUGCUGGGACAGUGAGCGGCUGGUGAAGACGACGCAGAUGCCCGACUCUCCAGACAGGAUCUACGACCACGAGUGCUCCUGCGUGCGCCGAGCCGAGGUGGUGAAGUACCGCGGGAUCUCGCUGCUCAACGAGGUCGACGCCCAGUACAGUGCCUUGCAGGUGAAGUACGACGAGCUGCUGCGGCGCUGCCACCAGGGGCAGCAGGAGGAGCAGGAGGAGCAGGAGGAGCAAGAGGAGCAGGAGGAGCAGGAGGAGCAGAUACACAAGUCUGUCCAGACUGCAUGUCUUGCCGCCACUUGUCCCGCUCUCACAGACAUGGAGGACUUUGAGGACGACUUUCACCAGCCCGAGUACAAGGAACUUUUCAGGGAAAUUUUCUCCCGCAUUCAGAAAACCAAAGAGGACCUAAUUGAAAACAGAGAGAGAGCCUCAGCUGGUGAAGUGCUGCCUAUUUUGCGUUAGUAGCUUCCCAACAAAAAAAGAAAAGAAAGAAAAAGACCUGCUGCAAGAUUUAAUUAUUGUCUUCCAGUUAAAGCCUCUUACAGCAGCACAUGAAGCGUACUAACUCUACACUGUACUGUAUGUAAUUUGCCCAGAAAUGGCGAUCGCCAUGCAAAGGUUAAGAGACGAGAGUGAUGCAGGAACAAGAAGGCCAAACAUCACCAGCUCUGUGGCUCAUUUUGCACAGAAACACCAGUGCCUGCCUAACGAUGCCUGCCGUCUACUGUGCACUCACUCUACCUCACUUUGCACAAACAAGCUCCAUCAGGAAAUCAUUUCUGGGUCUUCUUUUCAUGAGCUGUAUCAGUAACACUUUGUUCUACGGGCGCCGCGUACGCUUCCAUAGUUUCCUAGAAAGAUGGAAAUUCACAGAAAGGUUUCUGGAAAAGAACAAAAGGUGUAAUUUGGAGCUAAUGAUUGAGACAAUAGAGACUGUGUCCAAUUACACAAUUUCAACUUUUGCUGUUGAAACACAAACAAUUCAGUAAAUCUGGAAAAUCAAGUUUCCAAGUAAAUGUCUUUCGUUUAAGUCUGUUCAUCUGGAAAUCAAAACUGCUUUAGGGCUGCAACUCGUGAAUUCCUCCAUUACUAAUUCAUUUGUUCAUUUUUUUUUUUAAUGAAUCGUUUAGUUUAUAAAAUGACAGAAAAUACAAAAAAUAAAUCACAAGAUCCCAGAGACUGAAAUGACAUCUUCAAACUUCUUGUUUUGUCCGAGCAACAGUCCAAACGUAAAUUAUAUUUACUAUCAUAGAAGAAAACCAGCAAGUAUUCACUUCUCAGAAGCUGGAGCGGGUGAUUGCUUUUAUUUUUGCUUGAUGAUGAUUUAUGUAAAUUGUUGCUGAUUUAUUUUGUGUUGAUCAGCUAAUCAACUAAUUAACCAGUUACAUCAUCAUUCCUUCUUUCAGUCAGUCAAAUGUCUAAAUUCAAUUGUUUAUUAUUUUACAGAUCAAAAGUGUUAUAGUCGUGUAAUUUCAUAUUUCACUCUCUUUUAGUUUUGGGUUUUGUUUCUACCAACUCCUAACUGCGUCUGCUGUUUGGUGCUGAGCAGGUAGUGAACAGCGGGGAUAGUGUGUAUACCUGCUGUGGCCGAAAACAACACUAAGAGAGUGUAAUCGUGAACUAAAACACUAAAGCUGUGGGCCGGACAGAUAAACAAUGAGCUGAAUCUCACUAAAGCUGAGCAAAGCUGCAGAUUCAGGUGAUUAGUCUCUGUCGGUUCAUUUUGUCAUUUGAAACAUUAUUAUAAAGAGUUAUAACCGCUUUAAGUAAAUUCAACUAAACUCAAAUAACUUUUCCUGUAAUUAGUCCCAAAUUAAACAGCUCUUUCCAGGAACCUUCCUAGAAAAUGAUCAUGAAAUGACCUCUAUAGAACAAAAUGUUAUCGCUGUAUCUGCUGUUUGAUUUGUUUACUGAGUUCCUGCUAUACAAUGUCAACUUUUUUAAUUCAUUUCUUUUCUUUACAACUAAAAAAGAAAAGGAGGGAAAAAAAGGUACUUUGCUUGAUGAUAGUGUUGCCUGCACCUUUAAGAGCGACCAAUGCAAGUUGUUCUAUUGGUGAAGGACUUUAUAUUAGUAGUUGGUGAUUCAAGUUGAAAUGACACUUGAUAGCAGACCGUGAGUGAAUGUUAUAUUAAAGGGAAGUUCUGAGGUUUACCAAAAGACUAACUCAA